UACACAACCUAGUUCGAUGUAUAAGUACUCUAUAGUUUAAGCAGAUUUAGUGUAUUUUUUAAAUAUUUAUGAAAUUAUUUUAAAUUAGUGUAAAAUGUUAUUGAAUAGUGUUGUAUUGUUGUUUGUUUUGGGAUUUUCCCAUGUUCCUUUUACAACAGCAUCAUUUAGCUCAUACUCAGACACAAUUUCGUGUAGAAUGCCGCGGCUGGCGCACGGCAGGGUGCGCAUGAAGCAGCGUGCUAGGUUCGUCAAGUUCAUCUGUCUUCCACGGUACGAGCUCGUGGGGAACAAAUACGCAACUUGUAAGGAUGGGAAAUGGGACGUGCCUAUGCCUGUGUGUGUUCGCCCUGGUUGCAGUGUCCCCUUUGUAGCGAAUGGCAUCAGUUUGCCCAGUAAUGGCGACGCCUGGGUGAUGUAUUUCUGCCUGCCAGGCUUCAAGCUGGUUGGCUCGUCUGUUAUUAUAUGCGAUGGUGUGCAGUGGAACGCGUCUGCGCCUACCUGUGUUGACAGCUCGCAGCCCCCCCAAUUAAGUUGUGACUUCGAGAGUCCAGACCUCUGCGGUUGGAAACAGGAUGAACUACACGAUUUCGACUGGAAGAGAUUGAAUAAGAGGACACCCAGCUCGUUCCUAUUUACUGGACCGUCUUUUGAUCAUACAUUGGGAAUUGGGAGAGAUGGUUAUUACAUGUACAUAGAAAGCACAUCAAGACUGGAGAACGAUACUGCGCGGUUAAUAUCACCUAUAUUUGAUAAUUCAUUGACCAAAGACGGAUGUUUCUCAUUUUACUAUCAUAUGUUUGGCAAAACUUGCGGCGGUCUUAGAGUGUAUCAGAAACCGGAAAAUGUUGAUAUGCAAACCAUAUUAAGAUCUGAAAAUAGAGACAAAUAUAUUCUUUUCGAGAGAUGGGGUAAUUUGGGCGACGUGUGGUUUGAUGAUGUUGCAAAGCUGAAGAAUUCUUCAGAGAAUUUUCAGAUUAUAAUAGAAGGUGUGCGAGGCUCCAGUUUCACAAGCGACAUAGCAAUAGAUGAUGUGGCCAUUCUUCAGGGCAGUAACUGUACGGAGGCAGCCAGUAAGGCUGUCACUCCUUCGCCUAAGUUACCGCCAGACUCGUGCGUCGGCCGCUGCGCAAUGAGACAAACGCAAUUGAACGAGCUCGGAUGUAGCUGCUCCCCGUACUGCCUGGCGGAGGACACCUGCUGUCCGGACUUCUUCGAAAUAUGUAUCUUUAUGCCUGACUCAACGACGCCACUAGACGAUAUCGUUCCAGUAAAUAGUACAGAAGAAAUCGGGCCGCAAACACAAAAACUUAUUCUUACUACACCAGAAACUACCUCAACUUCCACGACACCAUCUACUACUACUGUUACUAGUACUACUUCUACGACAACUACUUCGACAACGACUACUUCUACUACUCCUCGUACUACUACUACUUCUACUUACACAACAACCACACCAAAACCAACUACGAAAACAACAAAAAAACCAACAACAAAAUUAACUACCAGGAAACCUACUACAACAACCACGAAGAAACCGACUACAAAAAUUAUUCCUAAAACGACAGUUAAAACUACUACAAAAGCUACCAAACCUACUACAAAGAAACCUACUAUGACUACAAAAUCUACUACAAAAAUUUCAACUACAACAGAGUUUGCUCACGGUAUUUCAAGAACGUAUGAAAAUCAUAACGUUUACCAUGAAAUGGUAGAAAAAGCUAAAAAGGAGCAGCAAGUUGAAACAAGGAAAAUUAAACCACAGAAACCUGAAGAAUCAAAGUCAAGCAGUACAAUUAUCAUAUUACUGACUCUAGGGUUAGUAUCAGUUCUGUUCGGCGGUGCGAUAUGUCUGAACAAUGUCGCACGGUCGUCCCGUGGUCGUAUCGCGAUCGCGAGGUUCCGUGGUCGUGUGAGUAACGACCAGGAGGUCCGUUAUUUGUCCACGGACGUUGAUGAUGAAUAAAUAAUUGUAAAUAA